AUGGAUCACCAACAGGCUGUCGCACAGCCCGAACAGCAAGAGGAAGAAGCGACUGAAUGGGCUUAUCAACGAUCAAACACAAUACCCAUCGCGUCCGCCCAAACAGAUAUACCACAGACUAUGUCGCUACUAGACGGUCGCGACACUCUAGGUAGCUUUCCAAUGGGUGCCGACCUGCACCACACUUCCCAUUCAACUUCGUUGGCGACCUUGCAGCCUUAUCAACAAUCAGCAGGAUUUGCUGGAGAUAGCCAUGUACAGGAAUCAGACCUGCCCGAAGCAGUACAACGCGAGCUGGCUGAGGCGGACUUCCGGCAUACCGCAACACGAUGGGAAAUUUUGGAGAAGGCAAAUGCACUUUCUGCAAUGCCUCAUCCACAAGCAAUAACUGCAUCUCACUCGGAUUUUGCAACGAAUGAGAUAGUCACUGGUUAUAGUGGGUUCUAUGGUCGUAUUAGUCUGCCCGUGGACUCACGGCAGGUCCCCAAUCACUAUCCUACCCUGAACAAUAGCAGCAGCGUGUAUGGAUUAGGCCCAAACGUAUGGCAUAGUCAGCACAUCCCACAGACUGCUAUCUACCCGCACAUCUUAGAGGAUCGGGCUCAGUGUCACCGCCACCCAAACAUCACCUUUCCCAAUGCUCAAAACUAUGACCUUAGUCUUCCUUAUCACGCGACAUAUGGCCAGCAACCUGCUAUCGGUUUGAUGCCACUCACAACAUCGCAUCAUAAUACGAUGAUCCCUGUUCUGAGUACAAACGACCAGGAAACCUAUGGAUCUUUCCUCGAUGCACCUACUGAACCUGGUCAUACGCAACAACUUCUCCCAGCGCAAGGUGUUAGAUCAGUCCCUGUCAAUUCAAGCGAGUUGCCAAUGUACACGGUCAUCAAUCCCGUCUACGAUACGACAGCUCCCUCUGCAGGUCCAUCAUGGAACAGAGAUACCAAUAUACCUGCUGACCGUUCCUUGAGCACGAUAAUGUCAAAGUUUCCAUCAUUUCCGGCGGUCGAUCAGUCAGCCACGACAUAUUGCGAUGCACCAAGCACUACAAUCUCGCCAAUUCCUUCUCAAACAAUGAUAGUCCCCGCGAAGAAUUGUGAAAGACAAGUUACGCUCAUCAAAAGAAAAUCAUGCGUUUCGGACAGCGCUAGCGAUAGCCGGACAGGGCCUAGCUACGCACUCGACAACAUUUACUUCCAUACGAACCCAGAGGCUGAUCGGCAACGCAAGAAAGCUCAACCAAAGCGUCGUAAGGUUAUAAAGAAGGCAUCUUGGUCUUGCUUCGGAUGUCGCCUCAGCAAACGAAGGUGCGAAUUUUCGAUCAACGGUCUCUGCCUCCGAUUUUUCCGAUAUGUCGAUCUUUACCGAUAUACCCCCAACGAUGUUGUCUAA